AUGGCGCAGAAAUGGAAACGCAAGCUUCGCGCCACAACACUACUGCUGCUGCUCCUCGUCGCCGUCCACGUCAAUGAGGUUCUUGGCCUGGUACGCCUUCUUGGCCACCUUGGCCAGCGUCUCGUAGUCACCGCUCAUGUCGCACAUGGACCGGAACACGCCGUCCUUGUUCUUCAUCAGCUCCCAUGGGUGGCCGUACUCGACGAGCGAGCCACGGUCCAGCACCAGCACCUUGUCGUAGUCGGCAAUCGUCUGCAGACGGUGCGCAAUCGUCACAAUCGUCGACGUCAGCUCGCGGAGCGUCUCCUGGAUCUUGGAGUCCGUCGCGUAGUCGAUCGACGCGGUCGCCUCGUCCAUCAGCAGGAUCGCCGAGUUCUUGAGCAGCGCCCGCGCAAGACACAGCAGCUGGCGCUGGCCUUGCGACAGGUUCGAGCCAGACUCGGUCACGGGCGACGACAGGUCCAGGAAGAUGUUCUUGUUGGUCGCAACCGGCGACGAGGGCGUCGCCGGCUCCUCCGUCGAAGAGGUGGCAGCCACCGUCUCCGUGGCCGUGUUCGGCGUCGGCGUCGUCGUCAGCGUCGUGGCGCGGGCACUCGACGGAAUCGACUCGUUGGGACCAAUCAGCUGCACGCGGCGGAGAGCAGCGAAAAUCUGCUUGUCCGAGAACGUCUUGAAGGGGUCCAGGUUGGUGCGGAUGGUGCCCAUGAACAGCGUCGGCUCCUGGGGCACGAUGACCUUGCCCGUCUCGGCCUCAAGGGCGCGGAACAGAGCCAGCGCAAGCGAACUCUUACCAGCACCAGUGCGGCCGACAAUGCCAACCUUCUCGUGCGGAGCAAUGCGGAAGGUCAGGUUGCGCAGCACGGGGUCCAGCUCGGCGCGGUACCGGGUGGUGUAGUCAAUAAACUCCACGGAGCCCUGGCUCGGCCAGUUGGCGGGCGGACGGCUGUCUUCAAUCACGGCCGCCGCCUCCUGCUCGACGUCGAGGUACUCCUUAAUCCGCUCCACCGAGUUCAUGUUCUGCUCGUUCAUGGCAUACAGACGCACAAGCCACAGCAUGUUCUCGGCAAAACCAAUGGCGUAGCUGAGAGAGAUGCCCGCCGAACCGGCAUUAAUGGUACCAAGGCUCAGAAUGACAAACACGCCUGCGAAGAAAGCAACGAGAUCGCCCAAGAGAUCUGUGCGGAAUGCCAGCCAGCGGUUAGCUGCCCACAGGUAGAUAAACGGUCGGAUCUGCGCGUUGAUACGCGACAGGUUGUCACGGACAAAGCGGCGCUCGUCGCCAUACGCGCGGAUGGUUGUGACACCCGAGAGCGUCUCGCCAAACUGCUGGAACAGAGGACUGCGCUGGACCGACUCAAGACGCUUCAGAACGAUGUAGAGUGCCGUGAUGAAAAUACCGGCAACCAGGAAGCCGGGAGUUAUGGACGCAAUCAGGACUAUGGUAAUGCAGAUGGCGAGGGCACACGACAUGACGCUAAUGGCCACAGGGGCCACCUCCUGGUCGACAGCCUCGAGAUCCUUGCUGAAGCGAUUCAUCAUCUGGCCGAGCGGGGUCACGUCGAAGAACUUGAAGCGGGCAAAAGACACCGAAUGCAUCAAGCGGUUGUGCAGUUUCCAGGACGCAGUCAGGGAACCGAAGAAGAUCCAGAGAUCGCGGAUGAAGGCAAAGACAGCACCGACAAGACCAAUGACAGCCAGGACGGUAAUGUAGUAGUGCGCGUUGACCUCGGGUGCCAUGAGGGCCUCGAGGGCAGAGUCGGCCUGGAAGACGGUCGAGUUCUUGGGGACCCACAGCGACCCAACCGACGUGAUGUGGCUCACGGUGUUUGGCGAGAAGACGUGCGAGAGGGAGCGGGUGAACAGCGACGUCUGGCCGGCGGGGCCCGAGACGAACGAGCCAAGCGUCGCGUUGAGGUGCGACGAAGCCAUGGAUGCCAUUUCGAUGGACUUCUCAGCGUAUUGGUUCGACCACUCCUUGAUCCACAGGUUGGAGGCGACGAGAGAGAGCUGCUGGGAAGAGAAGACGCAGGCAGCAACAACCCAGAACCACCACGGCCCCAUGGAACCAAGGUACAGCUUAAUAACCGGCCACUUGACGGCGCCUGUAGCCUUGGUCUCCUCGAGAGCAUCUUGCUUUUUGUUUACUUUGUUCUUCUUCGUACCGGCGGCACCGGCAGCAGCGGCACCGGCGGCGCCGUUACCAUCACUGGGCAGAGACGGAUCCGCAGCACCACCGUUGUCAAUGAGUGUGGCGCCGUCACCGUUAUCAGUCUGUUUGCCGAUGCUCGAGGGCACGCGAGACGGGAUACGCGAGAUGUCGGCAGUGCUUGUUGCAGACUUGAGCUGGACCUCCUCACCGAGCACGCCCGAGGCAAUGACCUCCUGGGACGGGCCCUGGCUAGUGAUGCGGCCAUUGUUCAUGACGACAACAAAGUCGGAGAAGGGGACACAGAGCGAGAUGUUGUGCGUGACCAGAAUGCAAGUGCGGUUGCGCAUGAGCGGGCCGCGAAUGCAGUUGUUGAAGAUCCAUUGUGCCGUGUGCGAGUCGACGGCGCUCAGGCAGUCGUCCAGGAGCAGGUGACGGGAGUUGGAGUACAGAGCACGGGCAAGAGAGAUACGCUGCUUCUGGCCACCGGACAGGGUAAUGCCCUUCUCUCCGACCAGGGUCUCGUCACCGUUGUCCAGUGUCUCGUGCAGAUCACGCUCCAGGGCGCAGGCCACAAUGACGUCGCGGUACCGCUGCUCGUCAAACGGCGACGAGAAGAGAAUGUUCUCCUUGAUGGAAGCGUUCACGAGCCAGGCCUGCUGGGCGACGUAGGCGCACGUCUCCGCCAGAUUGGUCUCCGGGUCGGGGCGGACAUCCUCACGACUGCGGCCGCCAGGGAAGUACACCUUGCCGUUUAUGAGAGUCAUUUCGCCGAGCAGAGCCAUGAGCAGCGAGGUCUUGCCGGAACCGGUGGGGCCAGUGAUAACGUUGAGCUUGCCAAUAUUGAAGUCCACAUCCAGGUCGAGAAGGCGGAAGGCCAUGGAGCCGUCCUCGGCAACCACGUUCUUGCCACCCCAUAUGAAGCUGGCGUUGUUGCGGAAACCAAUGACGCGUUCGCCGGUGGCUUCGUCGAUGUUGUCCAGGCCGAGCUGGUCGAACUUCUCGGUCUCCUCCUCCGUCAGAAACUCCUCGAUACGGUCAAUGGAGACCUGGGCCUCCUGAACGUGGGCAAUCAUGUCGCCGAGCUGGUCGAGCGGGUACCGCAGCAGCAUGAACAGGGAGAUGGCAGUGAAGGCGACAGACGGGUACAAGGGCUUGUUCUCGACCAUGGUGUAGAUCAGGAAGCAGCAGAAUGUAAUCAGGAUGGGGACCGUGUUCCACACAGCGACUGCGCAUGCCCAGAUAAUGUAACGCUGACGAAGGGCCUGAAGCUCGGCGCGGCGCUUCUCGUCGACAAUGUUGCCGAAGCGGAGCUCCCAGGCGAAGUACUUGACGAUGCGGAUAUUCUGGAGAAUCUCGUUGGUGGCGUGGAUGCGCUUGUCGGUAGCGGCCAUAAUCUUCUUUUGGGUGGCGUUGAAAGCCUUGGCGAAGCCAAUGUUGACCGGCAGGAGCAGCGCCAUGACGAUGAAGCCAGGGAUGGCACUCAGGCCCAUGACACGGUACAGCAGGACAACGGAGACGAGGAGCUGGGUAGGAGCAGCAGCAACCAAGAAAUGCAGGUAGGCUGUGACCUCGGACACCUUGAAGCUGUCAACAGACAUGAGGUUGAUGAUGGUACCAAUGUUGGCCUGCUCAUCCGACUUGUCGUCGUCUUUCUUCGCAUCGUCGCCAGUAGCGGCCGCGGCAUCAGAGUUGUCGGCAGUCGCAGCCGCGCCGUUCGCAACACCACCGGUAGCACCGCCCUGGUCGGCCUUCUUGAGUCCAAGCUUGCGCUUGAUCGAGGCCACCCAGCCGGUCUCCUUUGCGCUGGGCUCGUUCGUCUUGUCAGACUUGCCACCGAGCACGGUGUCGUUGCCCGCGGCGGCCUUGCGGCGGAGAGCCUUGGCGUAGAUCUCGCCCACAAGAACGGCGCGAAUGUUGAUGCAGAUCUUGCGACCAAUCCAGAGGGCCUGGUUGUCGCCGAACGAGCGGAUCAGGUCGGAGACGGGCAGGAGGAUGACGUAGAGCCACAAAACAUUGAGAGGGGCCUGGUCGGGGUGCUCGACAAACUCCAGGAUGGCCUUGAGCAGCAUGGUCGGGGCAAAGGUAAAGAAACCAGACAUGAUGGCCCAGCCGGUCUGGACAAGCAGCGGGCGCUUAAAGUACAGCAGCAAGUGGAUGCUCAGCGACAAGGUCUUCUUUACCUUCCGGUAGCGCGCCAGAACGGCACCAGCCUUGUCCUUGGCAUUCAGAUUCCAAAUGCGCUCCAUCUCCAGAGGCUCCUUGUAACCCUCCCACAUAAUGCUGUCGACCCAGGUGAAGGUGAAAGCCGUCUUGUUGCCCUUGCGGGUGGUGAUGGUCACGGCGAAGAGCAGCGACGUCAGGGAGAACUCGACAAUCACGAGGACCUUGGCAAGGGGCGAGGUUGGGUGGAUGAGGACGGAGCGGAAGAUGGCGAGCGAGAAAAGCCACUGCGCCGAGUAGAUCAUGACGGUAUGGUUCCACAGGCGCAGGUUGACGAAGAGGGCCGCAUAGACCCAGGUAAGAAGGCCAACAACGGCGGCCGUGCGGCCCUUGGAAAUAAGAACAUCAUUGUCGUCGGUUUCGUGUCCGGAAAAGGCGCCCUUGGCGAGGGCAAUGACGUUCACGGCAAUGAGGCCGGCAAUGGCCAGCUCCUCGACGACAACCAGAAGAGUCUGGCCGGUCGGCCGGUCGGCCUGCACAAUGGAGCCCUUGGUGGUGGUGCGGGCCAAGUGAAUGGGACCGCCACCGAUCACGAGGCCGUCAUCGGCGUCCUCGUUGCCAUUGUUGUCGUCAUCGUCGUCGGCCACCGCCGUACUGCUACGGUUCGCAGAAGCACCGUUGCUCUCGUCGUCGCUGUCGAGAGGGCUUGGAGCGGGAAGCUCCGUGCGGCCUGCGGCGGACGACUGGCUGUCGAGUCUCUGGCGCACACCCUGGUAGCCGAGACCGGACUGUGGUUGCCUCCGUUUUAA